GCCAAGAUGGUUGAUAGAAUUGGUUUACACUUAGUAGCGGUACUGACAGUAGUGCAUUAAACACCCGGGCGUUGUGCGUAUGGAUAGAGAUAUUAACCAUGUGGGCAAUGAAAAAAGAAAUACACUACUUAUUUCUACUUUUCAGGCUCUUUUGUUGACAACUGACAGUUUGGAAGUGGACCUUUUUUUCCACACAUUAGAUUGUUUUUUUUUUUUUUACUGACAACUGUUUUGUAUCAAGGUUAAGAAAGUAUUCUACGGUGUUUUGAGUGACUACGACAAGCCAAACUAUUUAUUUCGUAAAGCAGUUCCGAUGCGAAAGAUUGAAAGGAUGAGGUUGGCAUCGCCUUUUGCACCAGGGCAGUAACAGUGCUGUCCUUCGUUGGAUUUACUAGUCCUGAGCGGCUUAAGUUCAGCGUUGGGAUUGUUAUCUGAAAAGUCGGCUGAGUGUUGUACUGCUUAUUUUGAAAAGUCGGUUGGAUGUUUGUGCCGCUUGACAGGUUAUUCCAGGAAAGAGGACACUAGCGCAGUCCAAGGUUACCUGUAUUAUCUUGCGUUGAUAUUGCAGUGUUGUUCAGACCUUUUCAUUUCUCUUGUGUUUUCCAUUUACCGGCAGUGGUUGAAGAUAAGGACCUGAGUUGUGCAGACCCGGUGCAGUGGCAGCGACCGAGGACAGUUUUAGUGGCACACGAGGAUGCAGUCGGUGCUGGCUUGUGCUAGGUUGCUGGCACGGACUGCCCUUGGUCUGGGAACAUCCCUUCGGCAGACCUCAGAGUCCCGGGAAUUCCGGUUAGUGACCGCCAGCUGUGGCUUUGGCAAGGACUUGGACAAACCCGGCAAUAUAGUCAGGAAAGGCAUGUGCUUUGGCGAUGAUGCUUGCUUUAUUGCUACUCACCGGUUAGCUGACGUGCUUGGAGUUGCUGAUGGAGUAGGAGGAUGGCGGGAUUAUGGUGUUGAUCCAUCACAGUUUUCCACUACUUUAAUGCGCACUUGUGAACGGUUGGUGCAAGAAGGGCGUUUUGUUCCCAGCAACCCUGUUGGUAUACUAACGGCCAGUUACAAUGAAAUGCUGCAGAACAAAGCUCCAUUACUAGGGAGCAGCACAGCAUGCCUGGUAGUCUUGGACAGACAGAAUCAUUGUUUACAUACUGCUAACUUGGGCGAUUCUGGCUUUCUAGUCAUCAGAGAUGGUAGAAUUAUUCACCGGUCUGAUGAACAGCAACACUACUUCAACACACCAUUUCAGCUGGCUAUCGCUCCUCCUGAGGCACAGGGGAAUGUCCUAAGUGACAGCCCAGAGUCUGCUGAAGAUGCAAUGUUUGAUGUGAAAGUGGGUGACAUCAUUCUUACAGCAACAGAUGGUCUCUUUGAUAACAUGCCGGACUUUAUGAUCUUACAGGAACUAAGACAUCUUAAGGAUUCCAGUUACCAGAGCAUCCAGCAGAUUGCAACAAAAAUUGCCGAACAAGCAAGACAUCUUGCCUAUGACCCUAUCUACAUGUCUCCUUUUGCACAGCAUGCUUGUGCAAAUGGUCUAAAUGUACGAGGUGGUAAACCAGAUGACAUCACUGUGCUGCUAUCAGUAGUUACGGAGGGUGGAGACUAGGAAAAAAGGCAUGCAAACUCUUCACCUUUUGUUGCAUACACCUCCAAAGAACUUCUGUUUUGUAAUUUUCAUACAGAAUCAAAGACCUAUCAGUCACUGUCUCACUGCUGUCUGUCAGCCGUGCCUUAAACAGACACAGAGAAACGAACAAGCCAAAGACAGCUAAGCAUAAGAGAAGACUGGGAGGCCAUGCACAUUUUCGGUUUGCUUUGAACUGUAUUACAUGUGACAGGUCAUUACCAAAACAUUCUGUAAAAAAAUUAUUUUUUUGACAUCUGUGUAUAUGAACAAUGUUGAUAGAUAAUGUCAUCUUUCUUUAAUAUUUCUUUGCACCUUUUUCCAUGCAUCCUGUAAGUCUGGAGUGUAAGCCUUUUGAUUGCAACGCAGAGUUUGAACAAAAAGCAUAAUUUUGCUCUUUUGGCAAUGGGUCUGUCCAUCAAAAUGCUUGGCUGUGCUGAGCUGUAAUAACUCAGGUUGAGAAAGUAUGUUUUGCGAAACAUUUUCAUCACUGUCAGCAUAAUCUUCUAAAGUAAUAUAUUUAAAAGCCAACAUAGGACAUUUCUGCCUCGUAUGUUUAGUCUGAGUAAAGGUUAUUCUGAGCAAGGCUGCUUAGACUAGCUGUGCAGCCAUGCUGCGUACUCCAGUAUCUUAAAUCAAAUUGCAUCCAACCUUGGAAAAUUGGAUAUCAUACAAAAUGGCUGUCAUUUGAAGAACACCUUUCUUUAAAAGGUAGCCUCUGAAGUGAACUGUUAUUACCUCUGUAUUCUAAGCAAAGCUGUUUCUGAGGCCUGAGAGUAUGAGAAAAUGCACUAAACUAUGGCAUGUAUAAAUGCAGUUCAAAUCCCUUGUUAUAUGGUUUGAACAGAUGGCCCAUUUGUCUGUUUCUUAUGGAAUACCAAGUCUUUCAAUAUUGUUUAAAGAAACUCAUAUAUGUCAUGGUGCUUAAUAAUCACAAAACCAUUGCAGAAAUGUAUUCAAAUGCUUUGACUGAACUUGCUUGGGGGUGAUUUAAUUAGGCCUACUUUAAGAAUUGUCUUUUUAAACAGCAAGGAUUCCACAGCUUUAAGGUCUUACAGUUGUGUUCAGCAAGUCAGACAAUAGUUUAAAUUAAGAAAACUAUCCAGUCAUAUAGAGGUGAAAGGAAUACAGCUUAAGAUUGAAAAGUAUGGUCUGAUAUUUAUAUAAGUACCAGUUUCUAGUACAUUCUAGCCAUUUUUAAAUCAUAGAAAUCGGGAUAGUUUUUCAAAGUGCUUAAUCUGUUUGUUUUCAAAAUGAAGCUGCGUUAUGCAGCAUCCCCUUUUUGUCACAUUCCUCUGUUUCAUACACAGAGAAGAUUUGCACACCCCUGUUUUAUCAUGAUGUGCUGAGUAAGCAAGGUACUGCACUUGGAUUAAGAAUACUUUUGCAGAUUCAGUUAAAUGUAUGAUUAGAUUAAUUAUUUACUGAUCCACGCCACAAUGUAGUAUACCUGAAGUGCUUAUGUGAGAUGACUUUCCCUCAUGAUUUUAAAAGUGGUCUCAGUUCUUUUUUUCUCAUGACUGUAAUGAAGUAGCAUUUGACAGAUGUUCCUUUAUCUUAUGGGACCAGAGGAUCUUUAAAUGAACAAUACUGACAGAAAUAUCUAUGUUUAAAAGGAGCACCUCCUUUAAACAAAGUACAUUUUAAUUUUAAAGCUGAUUUCAAAAUGAAAAACCUAGAUAUCGGUAGUUGCUACUAAAUUUAUGCCCACAUUUCAUGGAUAGCACUUAGUUGGCUUUGGGGAAGUGUUAAGGGUAGGUCAUCUGAAAGUGUCUUUAGUUUACAACACGUUUCCUUUUUUGACUGCGAAACAGUCUGUUGUAGUUGUGUGAAGGGUGUACCAAAGGACAGCAGUCCUUGGAUAUUCUGAUCUUAGAAAUAUGUACAAUGUAGUGCCUUGUGUUCCUUAACACAAAUUUGAAAGUCCAGGGGAUAUGGUAAACUACAGUGUUUAUUGGUCCUCUGACUAGGUGGUCAUUUUUGUGUUUGGACCCCCUGUUGCUUGGCUUUCAUUAUUAUUCAUUCUUGAAUACAGAAUUAUAAGCAUCAUUUCAAAACUAUUUUAGCUAGAAAAGUAUCUGAGAAUUGAAUGUUGCAUACCAGUAACUGCCAGUAAUUUUAAUGGGGAAACGCGCAUGUAAAGUGUAUUGGUGAAAAUCUAAUUUAAUCAGCAGGAGGAAAAAUUCAGUACAAAUUUUAAUCCUUUUUCCUGCUUGGCCUGUUUACUUAAAAGAAGACUAUAGGCUGUGUUUAAGGUACAGCCAUUCUUUAUGUUGAAGUUUUACGUAUAGCUUUAUAUCUGUCUUUUACAUUUUUUUUGUUAAAAAUAGAUAUGAUUUCAUUUGCAACCUUCCUUGUACAGAUCAAAUGUUCAGGCACAUUUUUUUUUUCUGGAAUUGUUUUUUGUAAUUUAAUGUGAGGGGAUAUACCUUUACAGUGUCCAGUAUACAGAAGAGAGCAUAUAGGGUUCUUCCUGAAUUCUUCUGCUACAACUUUGUAAGUGUUAUCAAUGUUCCAUGCAGUAGACUUAAUGUGCACUUUGGGUAACACGUCCAGUAAAAAAAAAAAAAAUGACUUCAGUUACUUUUAGUCUGAUUUUUCUACGGAGGUGUAGGAGCAAUGCACAUUCACCUUCUUGGAUACAUUUCCACAAAAACUGAGUUAGGGUCAUGCCUUGUUUGACCAUUAACAUUUGCAUUGAUUGGUGGCAAUGUUGCUGGUAAAAAUGCAAAAAUAAUUAUAAUAGGUUGCUUGGGUGAAGUUGGUGCUUAACUGCAGCUUUUAAUUAAACUUUAAUUGCAUCAAUAUACACAGCAAUGCUGUACAUGUGUUUAGGAAGUCCUUUGGAUAGGUAAAGGUACAAAAAGCCAUGAACAGGUUGCUCCGUUUUGCAGUAGUCUAUCCAGUGUCUCAAGUCUGUGCUUGAUGUGAAAAAAUAUGCAGAUACAAGCAUAAAUUUGUUUCCAUCUUCUAGUAGCAUGGUCUUUAGUCAGCUGGCAUCUCCACAUAGAGUUUGGAAAAGUGUCUCCUUCCUCAUGUAGGUUCAUUUUCAACACUCUUGUGUGCUGCUUGUCUGCAAUAGGCAGUUUAAAACCUAGGAGAUACCUGACUUUCAUAUUGUUACAUACACAUUUUCUCCUUUUCAUUAUAAUUUACACAUUUGUGUCUGGCUGAUGAAUGUCUUUCCGUAACUUGUUUAGAGUGAGAACCCUGUCUAAAUUGUUCUUCACAGGCACAUUCAUGGUCUAUGCGCACUAGAUGUUCUGCUUGAAAUUACCUACUUGCUUCUCAUGAUCUUGGUUUUGCUAACUGGUUAACAUUAUUUGUACAGUGACUGAGCAAAUUAGAUUUGUAUUUUUCUUAGUAAUUGAAAAGUACAAAACAAGAUUUUCCUUUAUUUUCUUCUAUUAGAGGACUUGAGGGUACUUGGUCACACAUCAUUCCAAAGUCUUUCUAGGAUUUUAGUGUAUAGGGAUUUAUCCCCUUCAUUUACAAGGGGUUAUUUGGUCCCAGACAAAAUAAUUGAUGACGUAGUUUUCUACAGUAUGCACCGUUUUGUCUUUGAUCAAAUUUCUUGAAAUGCGUAUAGGAAAAAAGUCUAUCUUUGAUCUUAAUACUUCUCUGUGCUGAAUUCCUUAGAAACUAUGCAUUCACAAGUAAUAAAGUACUUUGAGGAUUUUUAUCUUAAUAUGUGAAGCCAGGACAUCAGUACAUCUGUUUGCUUGCUUUGUUUAAAGUCAAACUAGCCAUUUAGAUAUACUGGUGGUUCGUGUUGUAAGGGGAAUUAUGCCUUGUUACGACCAAUAAUAUUUAGCGCUAAUACAACAUUGCAUUCCUGUAGACCUUUGUAGUGCAGAAAAAAAAACUGAUUGAUCCAAUGUGCUUUGAGAUACCUACAGAUCUUCUUGGGUGGCUUAAUGAUUGAACAAAUGUAGUAGUUACAUUACACUCCUCUUUAGGAAAGUUUGGAGCUACAUGUGAGCUUGGUAACCUCCAUAAAAGAAUGUUUUGUGAACUGUCAGUCAUUAAUAUCCAAGGAAAGUAGAAUAAACACUACUUGGAAGAAUUGCAACAUAUUAAACUACUUUUGCAGAAAGCACUUGCCAUCUUCUGCAAUAUAUUCAUUGGUUCAGAAAAGCAGUUAACUUGGAAUACUCCCAGUAUUAAUUUGUCCAGUGUGCAGUGAUCUAUAAAACUUUGUAUAGAAGGAAGAUCCUUUGCAUGUGCGCUAUAUUGGAUUACUAAAAUGUUUAUUUUAGAGUAUUAACUCUAAGCUAAAGUCAUAGAAGCCAUUUUAACGUCUGUAAAAAGCAUCUCAGACCACCAAGUCAUUUCCCAGUGGUGAAGCAUCAGAAUUGUAAUGUUAGAACUGUGUGGGCAUGUAAACCUUCAUGGUAAAACUGUUCUCACCUGAAUUUUCCAAAGCCCAAUGAAAGUUAUUUCACUGUGUGUUUUGUUCUUUAACUUUACAAAGCAUUUUAAAAUUGUAUUACAAUCAGUUUAGUUUUUCACUUUCUCCUUGUUGUGACCUAGAAUUCUAGUUGUCACUGUUUGUCACCAUGGUAUUAGUCCUAGAUGAAUAUGUAUUCAGGAUUUUAAGCUUUGUGAAUAUUACAGGUCUUGAUUGGAAAUAUGAGAGAUUGUGAAGUUAUUGAUGAGAUUUUCUCCCAGCUUUAACAUUUGCUAUCUUAAAAUAGUGGAGAAGGCAUGCCUGAACAUUUUUGUUCUGUCAGGGGCAUCUUUUUGGUUAUUUUUCUCAUUUACAGAUUAAAGAGCACCUUGAAAAUG